CCUUGGCAUAAACAAAUUGGGAGCUCCGCGGAACUGUCGCGUUUGAUGAUAUUCGAAAGACUGUCCCGCGUCGCGAUAAUUAAUUAUAAUUUAAUUAAUUUAUAGCUAAUUCUGACUGUAUCGUUGGAGGAUAUUGGGUAAAAUGAAGUGCAUAGCUGUGCUUCUGUGUGUGGUGGCAGCCGCCAGCGCUGUCUCCUUCUUUGACCUGGUUCGCGAGGAAUGGACCGCAUACAAGAUGGAACACAACAAACAAUACGAGUCAAAGGAAGAGGACAAGUUCCGCAUGAAAAUCUACGCUGAGAACAAGCACAAGAUCGCCAAGCACAACCAGAAGUACGAACAGGGCCAGGUCUCGUUCAGACUGAAACAGAACAAGUACGGAGAUCUGCUGCAUCAUGAGUUCGUGCACACCAUGAACGGCUUCAACAGGACUAACAAACACAAGGGUCUCCUGUCCAAGGCCGCUGGCGUCCGCGGCGCCACCUUCAUCUCUCCGGCCCACGUCACCCUUCCCGACCAAGUGGACUGGAGGAAGAAGGGCGCCGUCACCGAAAUCAAGGACCAGGGCAAAUGCGGAUCCUGCUGGUCGUUCAGUACUACCGGCGCUCUGGAAGGGCAGCAUUUCCGCAAGAGCGGCUACCUGGUGUCCCUCUCCGAACAGAACCUCAUCGACUGCUCCGCGGCCUACGGCAACAACGGAUGCAAUGGCGGACUCAUGGACAACGCCUUCAAGUACAUCAAGGACAACGGAGGCAUCGACACUGAGAAGUCUUACCCCUAUGAGGCUGUGGAUGAUAAGUGCAGGUACAACCCCAAGAACUCCGGUGCUGAUGAUGUUGGCUUCACCGACAUUCCUCAAGGAGAUGAGCAGAAGCUUCUAGAGGCGGUGGCUACUGUGGGACCAGUGUCUGUGGCCAUUGAUGCUUCGCAAGAAUCCUUCCAGUUCUAUUCCGAUGGUGUUUACUUUGAUGAGAACUGCUCGUCUGAGAACCUCGACCAUGGGGUGCUCGUAGUCGGGUACGGCACGGACGAGUCCGGCGGCGACUACUGGCUGGUCAAGAACUCGUGGGGCCGCAGCUGGGGGGACCUCGGCUACAUCAAGAUGGCGCGUAACCGCAACAACCACUGCGGCAUCGCCUCCGCCGCCUCUUACCCACUAGUUUAGAUCUAUAUCAACUCGAAAACAUUUCAAGCCCACUAACCCGGGGUUACGCGAUUAAACCGCUAACACAGUGUCAAAUUGUACUGGUAACCAUGGUAACUCCAAGUGUAACCGGUUAACCCCGGAUUAAUGGGAUGGUGCGUGGAUCUAAGAACUCCACGAAAAUAUCACUUGCUACCAACUCUACUUUGACUUGUAGACACAUUGGAGUUCUAAUAACGAAAGAUAGACAUACCAUAUCUACUGCCAAGAAAUCCUCGAAAUCGUCAGGUUGCCUUGCCACCUAAAGUACCAUUCUAUUGAACUUACUAACUAUGUAAACAAACCGCCAUAUUGAAAUUGUAAAAGAAUUAUGAAUUUACUAGUGAGUUUUGUUUACAUAGUUAGCAAGUUCUAUAGAAUGACAUUUGUUAACAAUGUUUACACAUUGGGGAUCUAAUAAAAUAACAAAAGAAACACCAUCUUAACAUCUACCAACAUCCAAAGAAAAUAAAAUUAUAUUUUUAUAAAUUCUAGACCUAAAAUAA